UCUUCUAACCUUUUUACUUCUUUCUAAUUACUCAUUCACUUCUCCUCCACUGCUUCUUUCUAUUCAUGUUGGAUUUGUAUGUACAUACUGAAUCAGUUUCCGGAUUCAUGAUUUGUUGGAUCCAUCGCUACAUGUUUACUUUAAUCUAUUUCAUCAUUAUGAUAUGCAUUACCCAACGUUGUGGGUUCUUUGGCUGUAGUUUUAAGUUUGUUUUUGAUCUUCAUUUCAUAUCUUUCACCACUUCUUCCUAAAUCACUUCAUAAGGCUAUGAAUAUCAUAGGCUUAAUUAAUGCAUUAUUAGCUUGCCCUUUGCAUAAACUAGUUUGACUUGAGAUUUGAGAAUCCCUUUUGGACUUUGAAGGAUAUACGCAUCCCAUUGGUAGGUGAGACAGGUAAGUUGUAGUGAUUGGAAGUUCAUUGCUAAACUAUUGUGAUUGGUGAUGAAUGUCACAAUCAGCUAAAGGGAAAUCUGUAGGGACCAUUCAUUUGGAUUAGAUUUCACAUGCUUCUAUGGAAUGUUUUUCUUAAUCAUACCAUCUAAUGCCCCUUUCUGCUCUCCUUUUUUGACUGAACCACGAUGUUCUCAUUCAUUUUCUGAUUCUGUAAUGAUUUAGAGUAUCAGAUUUUCAUUGCUAAGAACCUCUUUAAUCAUGUGAACCUCAUCACAGGAAUGUUUCCAUAUUUAUCAUCAUUUGUGGAUUCAUUUUAUUGAUCAAUAUGUGUUACUCUUUCACAUACUUCCCUUGGAACUUUUUUCUGCACUACUUUUGGCUUCUUUUCUUGUUAAAGGGCUAAAGAAUGGACUUACUUUCUAGAAUUAUGUUGAUUUUUAACACAAAUAUAAAUGUUUUAAACAAAUUAACGAAGUUGACCAGAAGUUUAACUCGAACUUUAACUCAAAGGUUUGAUAUGCAGAAAGGUAAAAGUUGAGUGACAUGUAGUUUUUCUGAAUAAUCUUGAACACAGAUGUCAUCUCUCUUAUUUUGGAGUUAUAUGGUUCGGAGUUGAAUGUUUGGAGCAGUGGAAUACUUUUUGAUGGUCCAACCAACUUUUGAUUUUUCUACUAAUAUAUUUGAUGAUUGAGGUAGACGUGCACAUUUUACCCAUUGUAUACUCUUAAACGUAUCGUCCUGCCAUUUAUAAGGAUGGUGUUUCUGUGUUCUAGCUAUAGUUCUACCUGGUGUUCCUAAAGUUAGCAAGCAGCGUCGUUUCAAAAAAUGGCUAUGGAACCUGAUGGACCGAAACGAGCAAGGAAAAGAAACCAUUUGGUUCAAGUAAAUGGUGACUAUAAUUCACUGAGUAUGAGUGAAGAUCUUGAUCCCUGGACUGCUUGGGCAUACAAGCCUCGUACUAUAUCCUUGUUACUUAUUGGUGCAUGCUUCCUUAUCUGGUCUAGUGGAGCCCUUGAUCCUCAAAACGCAGCACAUGAGGAUAGCGCUAAAUCGGUCAAAAGGGGUGUAUGGGCUAUGAUUUCAGUAUUUCUUGCCUAUUGUUUGCUGCAAGCCCCAUCAACGAUUUUGAUUAGGCCACAUCCAGCAAUUUGGCGUUUGGUACAUGGAAUGGCUGUCAUUUAUUUGAUAGCGCUUACCUUUUUGCUUUUUCAGAGUCGUGACGAUGCUCGACAGUUCAUGAAGUUUCUCCAUCCCGACCUUGGUAUUGAACUUCCUGAAAGAUCUUAUGGUGCUGAUUGUCGUCUUUAUUUACCUGAAAAUUCCAGAAGCAGGUUUAAGAAUGUUUAUGAGACACUUUUUGAUGAAUUUGUUCCAGCUCAUAUAAUUGGAUGGUGGGGGAAGGCUAUAAUGAUUCGUAACCAAGUUCUACUAUGGGUAUUGUCCAUCGGGUUUGAAAUGAUGGAGCUAACGUUUCGCCAUAUGUUGCCGAACUUCAAUGAAUGCUGGUGGGACAGUAUCGUUCUUGAUAUUUUGAUUUGUAACUGGUUUGGCAUCUGGGCGGGAAUGCGUACCGUUCGAUACUUCGAUGGUAAAACAUACAAGUGGGUCGGUCUCAGUCGUCAACCAAACAUUAUUGGAAAAGUGAAACGGACACUGGGACAAUUCACACCGGCGCAGUGGGACAAAGAUGAAUGGCACCCGUUGCUCGGUCCAUGGCGAUUCAUUCAAGUUAUAAGUCUUUGCAUCAUCUUUCUGACAGUCGAGCUCAAUACAUUCUUUUUGAAGUUUUGUCUUUGGGUACCUCCUAGGAAUCCUGUGAUCAUAUAUAGGCUAAUCUUGUGGUGGCUAAUAGCAAUCCCAACGAUUCGCGAGUACAAUUCGUAUCUUCAAGAUCGAAAGCCUGUGAAGAAAGUUGGUGCGUUUUGUUGGCUCUCACUUGCAAUUUGCAUCAUUGAACUCCUUAUUUGUAUAAAGUUUGGACAUGGUUUAUAUCCCAAUCCAAUGCCCCUUGGGCUGAUAAUCUUCUGGAGCUCUAUUGGGGCUGCACUCAUGCUACUCAUUCUAAUUUGGUCGUGGCAAUCACAUCGAAGUUUAGCGAGAAAGAAGCAAUGAUCUCUCAGCAGCUGUGGUAGACUAUUCUUUAGUUUCUUCCUGUCAUAAGGGGGAUUCCCAUGUAAAUAUUUUACCCAGCCCACAUUGAUUGUACAUGAUUUUCCUCUUAGAAAGGGAACUAGUUUCCCAGAUGAGCAAUCUUUUUCGUUUUGGAAAUCGAGUUUCCGAGUGGAAAAUUUCCUAUUCUUUUUCUCUAGAUAGAAGUAAGGGUAGAUUUGAUUUAGUUUUUGGGUUUUCAUUUUGCUUGUUAAGUUGAUGAUUGAUAUGUUUUUGUGAUUAUUUUUUCUUUUGGGUUCUCUCCAUACUCGGACAUCUCCAUUGAUAUUUGUAGUUACAGAACAUGAAACUUCCAAAGCACA